GCUGGGGCUGGUGGCUUGUUUCAAUCAAAGGGAAGGCAGAGGGAAGGGAGGCUCUGCGGAGAGAUGUAAGAUGGCAGAGCUACAAAUGUUGUUAGAGGAAGAGAUUCCGGCCGGUAAACGAGCGCUUGUAGAGAGUUACCAAAACCUCACCAGAGUAGCAGACUACUGCGAGAACAAUUAUGUCCAGGCCCAGGACAAGAGGAAAGCUCUGGAGGAGACCAAAGCCUACACCACCCAGUCCCUGGCCAGCGUAGCCUACCAGAUCAAUGCCUUAGCCAACAAUGUACUGCAGCUGCUGGACAUCCAGGCUUCGCAGCUGCGGCGCAUGGAGUCCUCCAUCAACCACAUCUCCCAGACGGUGGACAUCCAUAAAGAGAAGGUGGCCCGGCGGGAGAUCGGGAUCCUGACCACCAACAAGAACACGGCGAGGACCCAUAAGAUCAUAGCGCCGGCUAAUAUGGAGCGGCCGGUAAGGUACAUCAGGAAGCCCAUUGACUACACUGUACUGGACGACGUCGGCCACGGCGUGAAGUGGUUAAAAGCCAAGCAACAUGGAAACAAUCAGACGAUCAGAGGAGGGACCCUAUCGAGGACCAAUCCGCCGACGCAGAAGCCGCCGAGCCCUCCCAUGUCAGGGCGCGGCACGCUCGGACGCAACACGCCCUACAAGACCCUGGAGCCGGUGAAGCCGCCCACGGUGCCCAACGACUACAUGACCAGCCCCGCCCGUCUGGGCAGCCAGCACGGCCAGCAGCACAGCCCCGGACGCACGGCGUCGCUCAACCAGAGGCAACGCACACACAGUGGAAGCAGCGGGGGGAGCAGCAGCAGGGAGAACAGCGGCAGCAGCGGAAUUGGCAUUCCCAUCGCAGUGCCUACACCCUCCAUCCCCAUGUCUGGCCCAGUCCCACCCAUGUCUGCUCCCCUGGGAGCCCCGCCGCCUCCCCCACCCCCUCCUCCUCCUCCUCCUCUACUACCUCCACCUGCUCCCCCAAUGGCCGGGCUCACCCCCCCAGCACCAGCACCACCACCACCUCCACCACCACCACCCAUAGCGGUGGCCCCUGGGCCUGGUCUGGGCCCCGCUCCAAUGUCCCAGUUUGGAACCAUCUCGCGGCAGAUUUCGCGGCACAACCCUUCCAACUCCUCUAUCUCUAUGGUUUCGGCCACGGGCACCUACCGCCGGGCGCCGUCGGUCACUUCCCAGUUCUCCUUGCAGCAGCAGCAACAACUACAGCAGCAGCAACAGCAACAGCAGCAGCAGCAGCAACAACAACAGCAGCAGCAACAACAGCAGCAGCAGCAGCAGCAGCAGCAACAACAACAGCCUCAUAUUAAUGGAGGCACUCCCGGCUACGGCCAGAACUCAAUGUCUAUCGCUCCUCCUCCUCCCCCCAUGCCCCAGCUGACUCCACAGAUACCUCUGACUGGCUUUGUGGCCAGGAUGCAGGAGAGCAUUGCAGAUACCCCUACUCCACCUCCCCCUCCCCCUCCGGACGACAUGCCCUUGUUUGACGACUCUCCUCCACCGCCGCCGCCUCCUCCGGUGGAUUACGAGGAGGAGGAUGCUGCUGUCGUGCACUACAACGACCCCUACGCUGACGGAGACCCGCAGUGGGCUCCAAAGAACUACAUCGAGAAAGUGGUGGCCAUCUACGACUACGCCAAGGACAAGGACGACGAGUUGAGUUUCAUGGAGGGGGCGAUCAUCUACGUCAUCAAGAAGAACGACGACGGCUGGUAUGAGGGCGUGUGCAACGGCGUCACCGGCCUGUUCCCCGGCAACUACGUGGAGUCCAUCAUGCACUACGCCGACUGAAGGGACCUCGCAGUAACAGUACAGUCUAUUUAUUCAGUCAUAUCAUAAUCCACUGAGAGACUGACAGCAGAAAUCUUGACUCCGCAUAGACAUAACUGUAUGAUCCUCUUUUGAUAUGACAGAAUGUUCUUUCCCUAACUGAUUGCAAAUAAAAUGAAAAGUAAUAUCUAUUUAGUUUAUUUUGGUGUUAAAUGGGCGGGUGGGGGACAUUUAUGGAAUAUGUAAAAUAAUAAUUAAAAAAAAAAUGUUUUUAAAAGAAUUGGACUGCACGUGCUCUCGCCGGUUGAACUCAAAGACGAUGGUCGCACAGCUGAAGGAUGUACAUCUCGCCUGGACAAAGAUUUGUGAUUCAGAACUGAAUCCUUUUGUGAACAAGAGUAUUAGGUUUUAUGGAACAAAUAAAAAAAAAAAAUAAAUAAAAAAUGUUAAUGUCACGUACGCACCUUCAGUUGAAGUGUCUGUACUGUCAGUUGUAUAUAAUGUGAGCUGCAGCCGCUCUGGGUUUCUGUAAUGUAAAUUCAGUGAAUGUCGAUUAUAUGAUAGUUUUCAUUAGUGGUGCCCUCCACGACGCCAUGAGGCCCGUUUGUACGGUGAACAAACACGGACACGGCCUGUCAAUAAUCCACAAAUUUAAAUACUGUAAAUGGUAUUUCAAAGAAAGUUAUUUCUGAAAAAAAUCACUUUGGCGUUAAAAGCAUGCAAAAUUUUAAGAGAUAUAAUGUAAUCUUAAGUUUAUUGCCAUUAUGCUUCCAUUAUGUUGUAAGUGUACUCACCUUUUUUUAUUUUUUUUUGUUUUAAUUUUUAUUCCACUGUUGUAAUCACUGAACUUUUUAGACUCUGAAGUAAUUUUCAGGCUUUCCCGUGGUCUCACCUUUUUUUUUUUUUUUAAAUGCGGAUUUGUCAUUUUAACUUAAAAAAUCCUAAAAAUGAAAGAGAGAUCACUUUGUCGAGCGUUUCGAUCAGUUUGAAGCAAGAAAACACAUUCCAUUUUUUUUUUUUUUUUUUGGCUUAUUAGCAAAGCAUUUAAAAGAUAAUGUCACAUCACUGUUAUAUCCUCUAUACUAAUCCACACACAAUCUGUAGGAUCCAUUGGUAACUGGCAAUAACAGACUUCGGCUCUGAUAGACGGCGUGCGGUGACGGUUAGACUGGAAUUGUCGUGCCUAACACUGCCAUGUGACAAAUUUCAGAUGUAACGCAGUAGACCAAUAAACAACUCUAAUACCUCCUCAGUCUUCUCAAAGCAACAACGACCUGCUCUGGGUUCAAGGACCAUGUUGACUGCUCCGAACAUGAAGUCCUCUGGGCUGCACAGGUGUACAUAUUUAACUCAAGAAA